AUGAAAUUUAAUUCUGGGGGGCUGUACAGCGGAGACUGUUUGCUACUGCUGCCUCACCAACCAGACCGUACCCCUUGCAGCAGCAGCAGCAGCAGCAGCAGCAGCAAGAGGAGCAGCAGCAAGAGCAGCAGCGACAGCAGCGGCCCCUGUGAUUCUGCUGCUGUUGCUGGAUUGCCGCGUUGGCAGUCAGAGGAAGUGCUGCAGCUUGCUGCAGCACCUGCAGUAGCAGCAGCAGCUCCUGUUGCAGUUGCUGCUGCUGCUGCCCUGGCUGCUGCUGGGCGUGAUGCGCCGCUGCUGGACUCAGAAGAGCAGCAGCAGCAGCAGCAGCAGCAGCCAAUGCAGCAGCUGCAGCAGCUGAAGAAGCAAGGCCUCCUCCUUAGAGACGGUAGCGGGUUCUACUGCUCGCGGCGGUGCGCCCGCAGCAGCAGCAGCAGCAGCAGCAGCAGCAGCAGCAGCAACAGCAGCAGCACAGAUAUAACCUGUAGCGAUAGUACAGAUGUCACUAUUAGCGAUAGCGACAGCAGCAGUAUUAGUUCAAGCAGCAUCAGCAGCAGCAGCAGCAGCAGCUGCAGCUACGAUGGAGAUGCCGACGAUAGAGUCAGCAGCAGCUGCAGCAGCUGCAGCAGCAGCUGCUGCGGUAACUGCGUGGCAGCAGGUCUUGCUGCGGUGACCCGGGCAGCAGCAGCAGCAGCUGCUGCUGCUGCUGCUUCUGGCGAAAUUGGAGGCCGUAUGAACUCAACCAGCAGCAGCAGCAACACCGAACCGCAACAGGUGCAGCAGCAGCAGCAACAGCAGCAGCUGCAGCAGCUGCAGCAGCAGCAGAAGGUGCUUCUGCAUGCAUUUGGUGGCCAAUGGGCUGCAGGGCUGCGCUGCGGGUUGGGUAUGGACGUGCAGCUGCUGCUGCAGCAGCAACUGCAGCAGCAGCAACUGCAGCAACUGCAGCAGCAGGAUGCAGGCGCGUUGCUGCUGCUUCGUUAUGGCCUCUGGAGUGAGGACCGCCUGAAGGGCUGGGGCAUGCAGCUGAGGCUGCAGCAGCAAACUGGCAGCAGCAGCAGCAGCUGCAGCAACAGCAACAGCAGCAACUGCAGCAACGUGAAUGGCUCUCCUUGCUGCUGCUGCAACUCUGCUGCGUCUGUAGUGUUGGGGGAUAUCUCAGAGGGACAGAUGUAA